AUCGGCGCGGAGUGACUUGCAUCUGGACCAAUCCGCUUCGAGGUGAUUUGUUGUUGGGCGGGACACGGUUGCUGUGAAGUGCACCGCGCAUGCGCAGUGGACCCCUGCGCUUCCAGCUGUACCUCACGCCGACCUCAGGGAGCGAGAUGCGGAGCUCUGGACAAAUCGGCCCUCUUUCAGAAAUGGUGACUUGGCUAAAGAUCGGCAGGUAGACGUCUUAUUUUCACCUGCCAAUGUGAAGCUAUAUUCCAGACAAUUUCACCAGCGCUGACAUCGAGCUCUUCACUCCCGCCGCUUCCUGUCCAAACCCACGAUGCCCACCUCUAUGCCUCCCAUCUUCAGUAUGUAUGAGAUUGUCCCGGUGGCCCCCGGGGAGCCCCAGAUGAGUGGGGGAAUGAGAAGCUCUCCGCUAAGGAGGAAGAAGCUGGCUAAUGAGGGCCGGCCCCUGGUGUUGGCGGGGCUGUUGGGCUGUGCUUUGGUGCUGGCUGCUGUGGUUGCUUGGUGCUACUACUCUGCGUCUCUCCGUAAAGCCCAGCUGUUGAAGACAGAGUUAUUAGACCUAAACAAGGAUGGUUUCGUCAUUCGUAACCAUGCAGGGGCUGUCAUCUUCACCAUGACCUUCAGGUCUGGCACCCUGGAUCUGGACUCCUGCUCAAAGGAGAAAAGUAUUUUGAGCUGCACUAAUUCAGAUUCUGGCAAACUCAACUUCUUUAUCCAGACAGUGCAGCUAAAGGACACGGUGAUGUGUUACCGCGUGCGCUGGGAGGAGCUUCAAGAUAAGCGUUUGGUGGAGCACGCCAUGGCCCAUAAUGAUUCCCAUUGGUACGGCGGGGCAGAGAUGGCCACGCAGUACUGGCCUAUCAGGUUCCAGGGUGAGGAGGAUCCGCUGCCUUUCAUCACCAGUGAUGUCUACUCCAAUCGGAACGCCUUUGGGGGAAUCCUAGAACGCUAUUGGCUGUCGUCGAAUGCAACUGCGAUCAAGAUCAAUGACUCAGUGCCAUUUCAUUUGGGCUGGUCAGAGAAGGACCGCACCCUCAGGUUCCAGGCCCGGUACCAGGACUCUCCCUUCAAACCAGCAGAGGGACAGCAAGCCUUUCCUGAACUCAGCUAUAGAGUGUGUGUGGGGUCAGAUGUUACAUCUAUUCACAAAUACAUGGUGCGUCGGUAUUUCCCAAAGCCUAUCAAGGUCCCAUCUACUGAAGUGUUCAAACAUCCAGUGUGGUCCACAUGGGCUCUCCACAAAACAUCUGUGACUCAGGAGAAGCUGCUGAGCUACGCCUCUGACAUCAUCAAUUACGGCUUCACUUGCUCCCAUCUGGAACUGGACGACCGCUACACUGCCGACUAUGGAGAGUUUGACUUUGACCCGCAGAAGUUCCCAAAUGCCAGCGGUAUGUUUGAGAAGCUGAGAGAGGACGGGUUUCAGGUGUCGCUCUGGACACAUCCUUUUAUCAACUAUGACUCCAUUAACUUCGGUGUUGCUGUGGAAAAGGGGCUGUUUGUCCGGGAGCCGAGCGGCGAGCUGCCUGCUCUGGUACGCUGGUGGAACGGCAUUGGUGGAAUCUUGGACUUUACGAACCCAGAAGCUCGUGACUGGUACUCGUCUAAUCUACGCAUGCUCAAAACCAACUACGACGUGACCUCCUUCAAAUUCGAUGCAGGAGAGACAAGCUACCUCCCCCACCAGUUUAGCACCCUGGUCCCACUUUCUGAUCCCUCCACCUUCACCCGUCGCUACACAGAGAUGGCCAUACCCUUCAGUGAGCGCGCUGAGCUGAGGGUGGGUUACCAGAGUCAGAACAUCUCCUGCUUCUUCAGGAUCAUUGACAGAGACUCCGUGUGGGGCUACGAGCUCGGUCUCAAGUCCAUCAUCCCAACUGUACUGACAAUUAGCAUUCUGGGCUACCAGUUUGUCUUACCGGAUAUGAUCGGCGGAAAUGCAUACCCCAACCGCACCACAGGUGGUUUAGAUGGCAAACAUGAUCUGCCUGACAGAGAGUUGUACAUUCGGUGGUUAGAGCUGUCAGCUUUUAUGCCUGCCAUGCAGUUCUCUAUACCACCCUGGGCCUAUGACGAUGAGGUUGUUCGGAUAGCGCAGAAGUUCACGGCGCUCCACGAGGCUUUGGUGGCACCAAGGGUUCUGGAACUGGCAGGUGAGGUUCUUGACACAGGAGACCCGAUCAUAAGACCCCUUUGGUGGAUCGCCACUGAUGACGAGGCAGCCUAUAAGAUCGACUCCCAGUUUCUAAUCGGGGAUGACCUGAUGGUGGCUCCGGUGUUGGAGCCAGGAAAGCAGGAGAGGGACAUCUAUCUGCCAGCAGGACGCUGGAGAAGCUACAAGGGGGAACAUUUUGAUAAAGGCCCCAUUCACCUCACUGACUACCCUGUGGACCUGGACGAGGUAGCUUUCUUUACAUGGGUUCACUGAAGAUGUUAAACAAUGAAAGACACAUAAACUCAUAAACGCACAUGCAUUUUGUAUGCUCAUCUCCAUUCUUUUGUGGGCACAUAUGCCAGGAAAUAGUCUAAAAUGUUGAUUUUCAAAAGGGAAAUGACUACCGGGGAUCUGUUGCCACGGCAGAGAGUUGUUUUGUUAAAGAUUAACUUCAUGUCUUCUCUGACCUGGGGCCUUGUUUAAAGCCGUUGCGUACGCAUUUUUCAGACCCUAUUUUGUGCGUACGCCACUUCUCGAGCAAACGUCAGGUGUGCGUGUGCACAGUUUUAUAAAUCUGAAUAUUCUUUUGCAUAUGCCAUCUCUGGCCUUUGUGCGCACGUACAAGAUUAGUAUGUAUCCUACCUACUGUUUUAUAAAUGAGGCCCCUGCUCUUUCUCUGGACUUCUGUCUGCGGAUUAGAGAAAGAGAAACGUCUUUUCACUUCUGAUUCUCUCGUUCCAUCCUUAAGCUGAUCCUCAUCAUUAUGUGCCUUGCACAACCAAUAAUAAAACCGAUCUUAGAUUGUACCAUCAACCAGACAGCAGUCUUCCACCUAAAGGACACCUAGAUAACAAUUCGUCCUUCACAGCCUGAGUCACAUGACUAAAUAUGUUUUUGUUUUAGGGUAAACAUUGGGUUUAUCUUCUUCUGUGUGAAUUUUAUUUCUUUAUUGUGGUUCGACAGGGUUGUGCACUGAAUUGGCUUUAAAAAUGCACUGGAGUUGGACGAAUGCCUAAACUUAUGUCACCAUGGAAACUGCUGUAUUUUGAUUUUACGGGCACUGCCUGUAAAGCUAACAUGCACUAUUUAACUUUAGUUAAAAUUAGUCAUAUAACUUAUAACUUUGCAUUUAACAAUCAAAAUUAAUGUGUUUAUGGAUUUUAAUG